AGUAUACCUUAAGGAUCCUCUAGCUCUAGGCCAAGCAAUUCAACAGGCCUAAGCAAAAGUCAACUCGAAGCGAGGGUACCCGAUGCGUCAUGUAUACUUAGGCGAAGAAUUAUCCUUAACGGCUUAACCUGCUAGGAUAUGUAAAAUCUUUCAAGUUCCUUUCCAAGUGAAUGGCAAAUAAAAAAAAUACAGGGGCUAAAAAGGGAGAAUGCUCUCCCCCUUCAAAUUCCAAACCUAACCUGAUCCGAGCGCAAAACAGAGCGUGCCAAAAAAAACUCGAGGGCCACAGAACAGCAACCCGCCCGCAAAAACGAACAAAUCCCCGCCUCUCCCCCUCGUCCCCAUCUCCGGCCUCCGCUCGCCCAUCUCCUCCCAUGUGGUUGCCCUGGGUGAAGACGCGCCCUUCAUCCGCCUCCCCCUCCUCCGCCACCUCCACCUCUUCCUCCUCCACCGCGCUCAUCGCCGCCGCCUCACCGCGCCUGUCCUUCUCCUCGCCCUCACUCAAGGACCUCCAGGCGCUGCUCCUGUCCGACGCCGCCACGCCCUCCCCGCCGCCCGCCGCGCCCUGCUCCCCGUCCUCCUCCGUCCGCGUCUUCCACCGGGUCCGCGUCGCCGCCUCGGCCCUCCGCGCGCUCCGCACCCUCCAGGCGCCGCCGUCCGCCGCCGACGGCGGCGGCGGCGGCGGCGCCUCCGAGGCCGACCGCCGCGUAGUGCUCUACUUCACCUCGCUCCACGUGGUCCGCAGCACGUACGAGGACUGCCGCGCCGUGCGCGCCAUCCUGCGCGGGCUCCGCGUCGCCGUCGACGAGCGCGACCUCGCCAUGGACCCGCGCUACCUCCAGGAGCUGGCGGCGCUGCUCCCGCGCCUCGCGUCCCCGCGGCGCGUCACGCUGCCCCAGGUCUUCGUCGGGGGCCGCCACCUCGGCGGCGCCGACGAGGUCCGGCGCCUCCACGAGGCCGGCGAGCUCCGCCGCGUCGUGGCCGGCGCCGUCGCCGCCUCCUCCCUCGCCGUCUGCGGCCGGUGCGGCGGCGAGCGGUACGUGCUCUGCGGCAGCUGCAAUGGCAGCCACAAGCGGUACAGCGUCAAGGGCGGCGGCGGCUUCCGCACCUGCGCCGGCUGUAACGAGAACGGCCUCGUCCGAUGCCCCGACUGCUCGCCGCCGGACGUCUGACGGCCCAGAUCCAAGAGGUCACGACCUGAUAACCUUAUUAGAUGCUUUCCAAACUUGAGAUAAGAAACGAACCGUGUGUGUAGUUGUUAAUCUUAAUUGGUAGCUAGGGUUAAUUUGUCGCUAAAUAUGAAUGUGGCCAUUUGCAGUUUUUCUAGCAUUUGCUAAUCAACGCCUCCAACGGUGGCUGUUGCAGUAGGAUUUAGAACAGCUGUUUGUUCCUUACAUCUUUGCCUUUUUCGUUCCUAAGCUACUCCGUACGCUGGAGGCAGAUCUGAAGUGUGUUUGAUAAAAUAACUUUUUUGGGUAAAAGGAUGCGACUAGCCUAAGUUGAGAUUUAA